UAUUGGUCAGAGAGGUGCUACUGCGCACUCGGACUCAGAGGCUGAAGUUUCAUUUUUCUGGCAAAAUUUAAACAAUAAAAGGAUGUAAUUUUUUUCUUCUUCUUCUUAUACUGCGAGUAUUGAAUUGAAAAUGAGGACGUUUAUUAUACUACUUCUUUACCGGACAGCGUCUGUGUCUGCAGUGAAGCACUCUCUGAAGUAUUUCUACACUGCAUCCUCUCAAGUCCCAAACUUCCCAGAGUUCGUGGUUGUUGGGAUGGUUGAUGAAGUUCAGAUGGUUCAGUUUGACAGCAACACCAUGAAAACUGUGUCCAAACAGGACUGGAUGAACAGAAAUAUAGAUGAGCAGUACUGGGAGACAGAGACUGGGGGCUUUGUAAGUGCCCAGCAGGUGUUCAAAGCCAACAUUGAAAUUGCAAAGCAGCGCUUCAACCAAACUGGAGGUGUUCACAUUGUCCAGCGGAUGUACGGCUGUGAAUGGGACGAUGAGACGAAUGAGGUGGACGGAUAUGAGCAGUUUGGUUAUGAUGGAGAAGACUUCAUAAUAUUUGACCUGCAGACAGAGACGUGGGUAGCUCCAAAACGACAGGCUGUCAUAACCAAACACAAGUGGGACAGUAACAAAGCUUUUAUAACCAGUGUGAAGAACUAUUACACUCAGAUUUGUCCUGAGUGGCUGAAGAAAUAUCUGAACUAUGGGAGGAGCUCUUUACUGAGAACAGUUCUUCCCUCAGUGUCUCUCCUUCAGAAGUCUUCCUCCUCUGCCAUCAGCUGCCACGCUGCAGGUUUCUAUCCUGACAGAGCCGAGAUGAUGUGGAGGAAAGAUGGAGAGGAGACUCAUGAGGGUGUGGAGAUAGGAGAGAUCCUCACCAACAAUGAUGGGACCUUCCAGAUGAGUCUGAACCUGGAUCUGAGAUCUGUUCCAGCUGAAGACUGGAGGAGGUACGACUGUGUGUUUCAGUUCUCUGGUAUAAAUGAAAACGUCACCACCACACUGGAUAAAACAGCCAUCAGGACAAAUGAAGCCUCGACAGAAGUGCCCAACAUCACGAUCAGCCUCAGCUUCAGCCCCAUUUCCGUCCCCAUCAGCGUACCCAUUGUCACUGCUGCUCUUGUUCUUGCUGUUGUUGCACUAAUCGGAUUCAUUAUUUACAAAAAGAAAACUGCUAAACCUUCUAAACCUUACACGAAGACAUCACCUGAAAAUGAUCCUGAAAGGAGCCCUUCAGAUUCAAAACCUUCUUCAGACAUAACCAUCAAAACUGAGCUGAUGACAAGAGACAGUUUGAACACUGGACUAACUUCACUUCAUGAGGAUUCUGCAUCACUGAACUCCUGAGAAAACAUUUCUACUAUAAUAGAAGUGGACUUUUUUUAUUCCAUGACACAACUUGUGACUGAAACAUACACAAACGACCUCAAACAACAAAAAUGAAUCAAAUUUUUACUUUUAUGUCACAG